AAACAAGCUCAUCCCAAAACUGUUUGUGUGAAAUAAAGAGCUGUUCUAAGGUUCUUUCACAACAAACAGCUUCAUGGACAGCUCAUUUGCUCUCGUUUCGUCGAUGAUUCUAGGUCUCGUACUGGCCCUAGGGUUUGUAGCACCUCAAGCCGAGGCUCGGGCUUUCUUCGUGUUUGGAGAUUCACUUGUGGACAGCGGCAAUAAUGACUACCUUGCCACCACUGCCCGCGCAGACUCACCUCCUUAUGGCAUUGACUACCCGACUCACCGUCCCACCGGACGCUUCUCUAAUGGCCUUAACAUUCCUGACAUUAUCAGUGAGGCAAUGGGUACAGAGCCCACAAUGCCAUACUUGAGUCCUUUCCUCAAGAAAGAGAAACUACUAGUUGGUGCCAACUUUGCUUCUGCUGGGAUUGGAAUCCUCAAUGACACUGGAAUUCAGUUUCUGAACAUAAUCAGAAUCUACAAGCAAUUGGAGUACUUCCAGCAAUACCAGCUUCGGGUGAGUCGUCUUAUUGGAGCUGGUCCGACACAGAGACUAGUGAACGAAGCCCUAGUUCUCAUCACCCUUGGUGGCAAUGACUUUGUCAAUAACUACUAUUUGGUGCCCUUCUCUGCAAGAUCUCGCCAAUUCUCUUUGCCAGAUUAUAUUCGCUAUCUCAUCUCCGAAUACAGAAAAGUUCUCAUGAGGUUAUAUGAAUUGGGAUCUCGAAGGGUUCUAGUGACCGGAACUGGUCCAAUGGGUUGCGUCCCGGCGGAAUUGGCUCAGCGGAGCAGAACCGGCCAAUGCGACCCCGAACUGCAGCGGGCGACUCACUUGUACAACCCACAACUUGUUCAAAUGAUAAACAGCGUAAACAGUCAAAUUGGAGCCAAUGUUUUCAUAGCUGCAAAUACAAAUCAAAUGCACAUGGAUUUCAUCUCUAACCCUAGAGCAUAUGGAUUUGUUACAUCGAAGAUAGCAUGUUGUGGCCAAGGUCCCUACAAUGGGCUCGGACUUUGCACACCGGUGUCCAACUUGUGUCCCAACAGAGAUUUGUAUGCAUUCUGGGAUGCAUUCCACCCGUCGGAGAGGGCUAACAGAAUAGUUGUGCAACAGAUCCUAUCCGGCACCUCCAAGUACAUGAACCCAAUGAAUCUCAGCACCAUCUUGGCCAUGGAUUCCAAGGCCUAAGAAAAAUCAAUCAAUCUUUCUGCUCCUAGAAUUGUUUCAUCUAUAUAUUGUAUCCACAUAUGUUGUUUGUUUGUGUCCAUGUCAUGUGAGAUAGAAUUUGUGAUCAUGUAUCAAAUUGUCUUUGUAAUGUACCACCAUUGACGAGUUUGGUUGCUUUUACUUCAGUCAAAAUGUACGUGUGACAGUGCUGAAAGCUUAUUUUAUGGAGUACGUAGUCAUUUUGACAACAA